AUGGACAAAGACUACCAAGAACACAAAUGGAUAACCGGCGAUGAGGACAUGGACAUGGACUACGAGGACGAGUACGAGUCGGAAUUAGAAGAUGACAAAGCCAAGCAAAUGCUAGAUGAACUGGCAGCUGAAUUAGUGGAACUUGGGAGACCUGACAAAGAAGAGGUUCUGUUCGACUUUGAUGAAGAAGAUGAUGACAACACACAAGAAGAUGUGGCAGUUGAAUCAGAAGAGGAAGAUAGUGUCGCUCGCGCAGGAGUGAGAUUUGCGGACACAGAUGAUAAUGAGUCUGACACCAAAGGGAUUGUGAGAAGUUAUAGUGACAACUGUGUAGAGAUUGGAACAAAAAUGGUACUUUGUCCAAGACACAAUCGAUCCUACUUCUCACAAGGGGUAAAAUGA